UUUGUGACGGUUGAACAGACUAAACCACUCGGUGAAAGCAUUAUGCAAGCACUGAUUGCUAUAUAGGCGUACCGUAUCUAAUAAUUAUUUCCAAGCUCGCCUAUCUUCGGUUUGGACUUGCUACUCUCGAAUAUUAUAUUGCUAGCUCAGGCAAAUACGUCUGGCAAGAUGUUGGUUGAAGUUCUUGCGUUUGUAGUUAUUUUGGUUUUGCUCUAUGUGGCUGUUAAAUCCACCGGACGCCCCAAGGGCAUGCCCCCAGGGCCAACACCGCUGCCCAUAAUUGGCAACUUUCUUGAAGUGAUCAAGUGGACCUCCAAAAAUCAAAUGCAGAUUGAGUUUACUAAAGCCGCCAAAAAGUAUGGCAACAUCUUCACCGUUGAUAUUCCAGGGGACCGGACAGUGGUGGUGAAUUCUGCGUCCAUCGCCAGAGAAGCUUGCCUUACUAAGAAGGAUGAUUUUGCGGGAAGGCCGUACAAGUUCACUUGGGACUACCUUACACGUGGCUCUAUAGACAUCGCGAUAGGAGACUUCACUCCUACCUUGAUUUUACAGCGUAAAUUAGUUCAUUCAGCUUUGCGCAACUACAACCCUCACUUGGUGGAAAAUGUUGAGAAGGAAGCGGACAAGUUGUCAAAGAGGCUGAAAUCUCAUGCUGGGAACCCUGUGGAUCCUGCGCACGACUUCUUACUCACGACAGUCAAUGUUAUAUGUGCGAUGGUCUAUGGAGAGCAUUAUGAGAUUGAUGAUCCAGAAUUCCUGAUGAUACUUGACUACAACACGAAGAUGUUUCGCUUACUGAGUGCUGUCCAUCUGCUGAACAUUUUUCCAUUUUUGAUUCAUUUUCCGAUCAAGGAUUCUAAAGACAUCGAGCUCGUUCGAGUCAACCGCGAUCGACUUCUCGAUACGAAACUCCACGAGCACAGGGAGACGUACCAGGAUGGAGUUAUUCGUGAUUUGACUGACGCUCUCAUCAAAGCCCUUCAAGAAGCCCAGAAAGAGGACAGCAAGGUCCGCGACCUUAUAACAGAAAACCACGUCGUGAUGACAAUGACAGAUGCCUUCUCUGGUGGUCUGGAAACAACCAUGACGUCACUCCGCUGGUAUUGUGCCUACAUGGUUCUUAACCCAGAUAUCCAAGCCAAAGUCCAUGCAGAGCUUGAUGACGUAGUAGGUCGUGACGUCAUGCCAAAGUGGGAAGAUAAAAGCAGGCUUCCGUACCUUGAGGCGACGAUUGCUGAGACUUUACGUAUGUCUUGCGUCGCCGCACUCGCUGUACCACACAAGGCUAGCGUUGACUCCACACUCGCCGGGUACAAGAUUCCCAAAGGCACGACUCUACUGCUCAACAUAUGGGCUAUGCAUUACGAUGAAAACGAAUGGAAGAGCCCCCAUUUGUUUGACCCAACACGUUUCCUUGACGACGAGGGUAAAUUUCUUCACGGAUCAGGCACCAAGAGCUACCUUCCCUUUGGCGCUGGUCGACGAGUGUGUAUAGGAGAAGCCCUGGCCAAGCAGGAGUUGUUUAUCGUGAUUUCAAGGCUGAUGCAUCAGUUCAGGAUUGAGUCCCCACCAGGAUGUCCACCACCAGAGAGAAUUGGUUACAUGGGGCUCGUACAUAUGCCCAAGCCUUAUAAGAUAUGCUUCAAAGAGCGCGUCUUGAAAAACUAAUGUCAACGUAUACUUUAGGCCGGUUCGGACGGUUCGAUUUUCGCCUACAACUAUCGUAUACAACACGCUCGCGUCUGUCGUAGGCGAGUUGUAGGCUUGAUUUACACUCUACGACUCGAGUUGUAGGAUGGCGCGAGCGUGUUGUAUACCAUAGUUGUAGGCGAAAAUCGUACCGUCUAAACCGGCCUUUACACGCAUAACUUGUGCGCAAAAAUGAGGUUCUUUUUUAGUAGGAGUUCGGAAAUGCAGACUUUUGAACGCAACUACUUAUGAUUUGAUAUUAAACAAGGUAAAUAAACUGAUAGUAAGACAAA